GAUCCACCAACAGGCGAUUGUCGCAUACGACUAUACUCCCCGGAGUAAAGGUGUGCUGUUUCCAAAACUCGCGUGCAGGACUGCGGCGUUCCAGUACAUCUACGCUUCCAGUGACAGUAUAUGAACACUUCGCAUCUUCAGUGAUGCUGAAAUCCACGCUUCGCGUCGGAAUCGCUACCAGUAAACAUGCGGCGUCUCGUCUUGUGGAGUGACCUCCACCUAUCAGACAAUUGUUUACCAUUCCACUCCGAAGCCUCGUCGAAAAUAAUAGGCGACAGCUGAUAAAUCCUUUAAAUAUGAAUUUUAUAGUCAGGUUCUCCCUAUUUUGAUUGAUCAAAAGCACGGGUACCGCGUUUUAGGCGGCUUAAAGGUCCAGGUCUUCAUCAGUGAAUUCACAUCUAGACUAUGCUCACUUCUGCACGCGAACAGAAACUAGACGCUCCGUUUGAUUGUACUGGACGAAGCUUUCCUCCAAGCACAAUCGCUACAACUUCUCUCCUAAACUUCUCUUCAUUCCCUCCCAUUAUCGAUGCGACAGAAGCGACAAAGUCUCCUGGACCUGGCGCCGAGCGAUCGAAGAGGCGUUUUGUCAAUAUGUUCACCUCACAAAAAUUUCGUGAAUGGUUGAAGUACGAGUGGUUAUACUCAGCGACUGACAGGGAAAUUUUCUUGAACUCUAAUGACUUUCAGCUUAUCUUGCGAGAGCACUUUCCGACACUAAAAACGCGUUACUUAAGACGUGGUCAUUGGGGUAUCAUACGACGUAUGAUUGGCAAACCUCGGCGAUUCAGUCACACAUUUCUCACUGAAGAACGUGAAAGUGUACAGGGAAAGCGUAGAAACUUGCAGUACUUACAACACAUUGCUCUUACGGGGCUUUUGGGGCCUAUGGCUUCUGAGCAUUUUGAUAAUUUGCUCACUUGUCUACCAGAAACCACUCACAUCCCACUCCGUUUGCGUGCGGGAACUACAGUUUGUGUAAAGUUGGACAUUCCUAGUCCAGGGCUUUUUCUGGGAGUUAUUCAGGACUCGUUCCCCAGCGACGGUCACUACACUGUAUGGAUCGAAGGUUCGCUUUUCUCAAGCGGCAUGACCGAUCCAUCUGCAACCUUGGCAAAGUCGAGUGCCUUCAUUCGUAGUUUCCGUUUAGUACAGGACGAAGAUGUGCUUACAAUUCCUGGUCAGACUCCACCAGACUCCAUCCCACUUUCAACUUUGAGGUAUCAUUUCAAGGAAAAUUCCUUGGAAAAUACGAUCACCUCUGCGCCAAAUUAUCACGUAUCUGCUCCCUAUGGUAACGCAAGACUGCCUGAGAAUAUAACUGUACGCCCAGACUACGAAAACAGUGGGAACGUUUGUGCUUCUUACGGUCCCCUGCUGAGUGAAAAUAUAUGCACCACAGAAUGUCCGUCGGACGCAAUCGGCGGACCUACUGAAAUUUCUGUGGACGAACUUAUGAUUCCUCAUACAAGGCAAAGCCUCGGUGCUGAGCGAAAUUGCCCUCUGACCGAUGUUGGGUUUCACUCCGUGGAUCAUCAACAACACGCGAAAUUGUAUACAAGUCUCGCAAGGCUCUACAAGGUGCUAGAACAAAAAUGCUACUCAGUUGAAACCUUGAGAGAAAUGAACAACGUUGCCGAAGCUAAAUUGUCUGAAAAUCGAAAUGGCAUAACGGUUCAGUUUCAACACAGUUACGCAACACUCAUCCUUCAUCUGGACAAGCUGAAUCAAGAGCUCAAGUACCAUAUGGAUAUAGUGCUAAUGCAUGUUGCCAUGAUUGCUCAGGAGAGCAAUAUGAUUCACUUGAAUCACAUCACUGACUGGCGCCGUCGGUGUGACGAUGAAGCGCAAGAGAUGGUCUCUAGGAUAAAAAUGACUCAGCACCCUUCCAGCCUGGACGAAUAUAAAAUGGACUUAGUGGCAAAGCUCAGUUCCCUUCUAAUUCACUUGUGUAAUUUGUCCGAUCAACGAUUCUUGAAUCAAAGCCUUGUUUGCAUAGACGAUUUGCUGAAAGAAAUACGGCAACAGCUCCACCCGAAUAACCUGAAAUGCUUUGAGAUGACUGUGGAGCACUUCGUGGGACAAAUCAUUAAUGCAGUCACGAGCACAUUCCCAACUCGCAUGCAGCCUGUAUGUCAUAACGUAGCGCCCUCCCAGCCGCCCGUCCAACUGCCAGGGGCAUACACAGAUAACCUGACGAUUAUAUGAGCACCCAACCGUGACCACUGGGGGCUCGCCCAAUUCCAUGAUGCUUUUUGCGCACACAUGCAAUUGUUUCGUUUCCUGUAAAUUAUACCCCUUUAUUCGUUCGUUCGUUUGUUUUAUGUGCGAACUCAAAAUACGCUUCGAAAUAAAGUAGUGCCACUGACUG